CUUCUCAGACUUCAGUAGUAAUAUUAAUAUGUUGCUGGAGUGUUACACAUCAACGCAACGUCCUCUCUGUUAUCAAAUAAUCGAUUCAGUAAAAAUACAAAGAUAAUACACCGUGACGUCUGUGUGUGUUUUUUUUUCAAUCAUUGUGAAUAACAUUACGUGUUUGUGAUCGAUUUUUUUUUCAAUCAUCUUCAAAUGAGACUUCGUUGAGAUUCCGGUUAGAUCUUCGUUUCAACGGCGAUGGUAGGGCCGCCGAAAAAAAAUGUGGCUGUGUUUACUCCUGUGGUAUGCUCUGGUUUACGCCGACUACGCGCAUUCCACAGCUCUACCUUCAACAUUGAAUCCGCCACUUCCGCUCACCACCCAUAAACUUUCCAAAGCGUACCGCGAAAGUGAGACCUACGAGCCAUCGGUGGUAACUGGUUUAUCGUCGAACGGUGAAACCAGACAUUUCCACAACAAAUUACACAAAUCGCUCCCUAUUGUAGUACCAGAUGAGAUCGAUGGUAAAUCGAGAAUCGGAUACGAGAAAGAUAUUAUGCUCGUAUUACCCGUAAAACCAAACACCAACGAUACCGACGAUCUACAAAUGUGGUAUACGCAAAAACCGAUCACAGCUAUAGUCGAUGAUCGAGGUGUCUCCAAACCUGAGCAUAGAGCUGACUACGACGUUUUUGAGGAUUUCAAAGUGGAGGAAGAGAGACACCCUUAUACAAAUUUUUUGGUCAAGAAGAUGUCAUCUAAACCGCAAAAAUCGCCUUUAGAUUACGGAUACCCUGAGAGCUUCAAGUUUGUUGAAGAUCUUAAUGGUCUACCGAGUAAUCAUAAACCUGAAUGGGCCAGUACAGAUGUAACUGAUUUGACCAGUUCGUCGAGUGUGUUAAGUACUACUCAGCUGACCACUGCUGCAGCUGGUCCUACGAGGAAUAAUCCAUUCGAGAUGUUCGAGUCUGUUAAACCUCUUGAAAUCAAUAAAUUUUUAUCACCUUCGAUGAUUGCCUCAAUGCCUGAAUCUGAAGAAGUCACCACCGAAGUGAAACCUGUCACUGAAUCUCAUAUACACACCGUACCAAAGAGGCCAUCCAAACAACCUACUAAGAAACCUCAAAAAACUAAGCUUACUACCGAAGCCACUACUACAGAAUUUACUCAACCUGAUGGCUCAUUCGGUUCUCAACCAGCUCAAGUAGAUCCUGAACAAGUUUAUACAGCAGUUCGAUAUACAACUUUGCUCAAACAAACCAAUAAGGAAUUUUUGCCAUCGUUUUCUCAUAAAAAUAAACCCAUUUCUGUACCUAGCUUCCAUUACCAGAAUGUUCCAACCACCACAACCAGCAGCCCAACCACCACUACCCCAACAACUACAACUACUACUACCACCACCACUGAAGCUGUUACAACACCCAAAAGUAUACCUACCACAACAACUCCACCUACUACCACUACAAGAAGGACCACACCAUUGUUCACAACUUCGCCUAGAAGAUCCACUACAACUACUUAUGCACCUCCAAGUACCACAACAACUCCAACAACCACAACCACAACUACCACAACACCUUCAACAACUACAACCACCACCACCACCACAACUUUUGCCCCAAGUUCAUUGAAUGAUAUUGCUGUGUAUAAUGUUACAGAAGAUGUUGAUGAUGAUCCUUUGGUAUCUGAAUCACUGGAUUCUAUUCCAUCCCAAAACCUGAGCGACUUCCAGUUCCAAAUAAACCACUUUGAACCUCCCAAAGAUGUAGAUUUCUUCAAACCCGACACUCCUCCCACUGAAACAGAACCUUUCAAAGAACUAAAUCCAAAUAUACCCCAAGAUAUGUUGACCAAUGACAUGAAAAACAUGUUGGUCGCUCUAGGUAUCUUGAAAUCUGACCAGAUAUCCACAACAAGCACCACAGAAAAACCGUUCAUCAGAAAAGAACCUGUUACACCGAGUGUCGAUGCAGAUUCUUACACCAGUUUCAAAAAAAUACCAGAUUCCAAGCAACCAGAUAAAACCGGUAUUAGUGAUGACAUGAAAGACCUCUUAGCUUCAUUCGGUCUCCUGCCUAAGAAGAAAACCGAUAACGAUACUUCAGCAAACCGUAUCUCCAGACAGCAGAAUUUAACCGAAUUGAAUUUUGAUGAUUUGGAAAUACACACCACUUCACCAUUCAACUUCACAGACUCUGAGAUCUCAUCUCCUGCAUCCAGUGGACCUCAGAGUAGUGCAGACCUUGAAGCUGAUGUGGCUGAUUUCUUCGAUAAUGAUAAACCGAUCACCGAGAAAGCAAAACCAAUUGCAGAUGUUGUUAAACCCUUGAACCUGAAUUCUGAAAUGUUCCCAGAUGAUAUGAAAGACACACUGGAAACUCUCGGCUUCUUGAAACAAAGAUCACCCAAAAGUGCCCAUGUUUUUCAGCCUACCUCACAGUUGGAGAAGCUGAACCAAGAUGAUGCUGCGAAGAAGAUCACCGAUGUGUUGAGAACCAUCAAGUCACUAUCAGUUAAAACUGAAACUAAUAACAUUACAGCUGAGGAACUGGAAAAACAACUGCAAACUAUUACAAAUACUUUGGAAAGCGACAGUUUCAAUGAAGUUAACGAUACAUUGCUGUUGGAUAUAUUGAGCAAUGACACAAAUCUGAAACUGAUUGAAUCCAUUGAUAACAUGACUAGUAAAUUCCGCCCUGCAAAUAAAACAUGGCCUGUAGCAGAAGCUGCAACAACAACUGAUGUCAGAGUUAUUCCAAAAUUCAAGACAUAUUCUUCGACCACAACCACAGAAAAAGUAAUCCAGACAAUUAGACCUUUGGAUAGCAACAGACUGCAACCUGAGAUGAUACCGCCUAACCCGUUAUCAACUGAAGAACUCCUUCAACUAUAUGAAAUGGGUAAAAAUGAAAUCAAAAGACAGCAACCAAAUACAACUUCAUCUUCAGAAACAUCCGAUGUGCCAUCAAGUACAAUAACUUCAUCAAUUGAUGACACAUCAAUACCAGGAGCCAAUACCGAGGUCUUUGGCACCAAUACUGAUCAACCUAAUGUUCUAGAAACUUCUUCAGCAUCUUCUACAACUUCUACUUCGACUAGUUCUACAACAACAACAACUACAGCUGCAGAUGAUUCAAAAGGUUCAGCUAAUAACAAUGCACCUAUUCCAGAUUUAGCUGAUUCGUUCGGUGGUGGUGGAGUUGCCAGUGAAGAACCUUCAGCAGAUGAUUUACCUACCCCUAAACCUAACGGGUUGUACUUUUAUUUAGACUGGAAUACGUUUUUAAAUGUAGGUGAAGAAGAUAAAAGACCUAUUAGGAUACGAUUCGCUCCUAGGGCUGGAAACGCUAGGAACUUUCUACCAAUUACUGUGCCAUAAAUAGGUAAUAAUUAAUGUUCUUUUUAAAAAUUUAUAUGUGUAUUUAUAUUCGAAAUUGAUUGAUACGUUUUUCUUCUUCUUCUUUUUUUUUUUUGUUUAAAAAGUGUUAGUUCCUUUUUGUAUUUUGUAUUAUGUAUUAUUUUACAACGAUCAGUCAUUAUAAAAAGUAUCUUUCGUAUAUUAUUAUUUAUUUAUUUAUUUUGAAUAUUUUCUUUUUUUUGUACUCGUGUAUUAAUUUAUAAAUUUAUAAAUACUUAUUUAUGAUGGGUAUCGGCCAUAUUUGUGAUGUGUGUCAAGUAUUAUUGAGUCGAGUUUUAGUUCAUAAGAUAUCAGAAUAAAAAAUAUAUCUGAAAUGAAUAAAGAUCUCUGGAGCAUCA